GUAGAGGGGUUUGGUUGGUGAGGAGGAGGGGAUAAGUUGAGUUGGGACUCCGCUCCUCCGCUGGUAUCCCAGGAAUGUGUUGAUCAUGGCGGCCGCAGUGAAGCCCGUGAAGAGCGGACUGCUGGAGCUCCGCGUUACCGUGCACCACUGGAUCCGUGUGCUCGCCGCUCUCAGCGAGGACUCGUUCACCGUGAGCCCCGGAGACACCGUCGAUGAGCCCGCGGCCGCUGGGGCUGUUAACGGCGAUCCGGCGAACCUCAGCGCCUCGCCGGUACCGGACACCAUCACGAACGUCAAACGAACCGUCAGAGUCACCAAACAAGAUGUUGGAGGACUCGGAAUAAGUAUUAAAGGUGGGAAGGAGAAUAAGAUGCCCAUCCUGAUCUCAAAGAUUUUCAAAGGACUGGCGGCGGACCAGACGGAGGCUCUUUACGUGAGCGAUGCGAUUCUGUCCGUGAACGGCUACGACCUCAGAGACGCCACUCAUGACGAGGCUGUUCAGGCCCUGAAGAAAACUGGCAAGGAGGUCAUUCUGGAAGUGAAGUAUAUGAAGGAGAUGUCUGCGUUUUUUAAGGGUGGAUCGACGACGGGACCCCCGGUGCUCGAUUCUCCUCCAGCCACCCCACAGAAACAGACGGACCCCGCGCUAAAAGAGAUCCGGACCAUCCCUCUCCGAAUGUGCCACGUGACGCGCAAACAGUGUCCGCCGGACACAGAGGACAGGUAUUUCGAGGUGGUGUCGUCAGACAGGAAGAAGUGUGUGUUUCUGCGGGCUAAAGAUCAUGCCAUGGCUCAGGCCUGGUACAACGCCAUCCAGAGCGGCAGCGCAGCGUUACUGAGCAGCGCCAAAGCCCAGCUCCAAGCCCUGCAGCCCAGUCUGGACGUCACGCACAUCGGCUGGAUCAUCGAGCAGGGCUCAGAGCGGCCGAUCCUGGCGGUGUUGACAGACAGAGAUCUGCUGCUGUACACAUCUCUACCCGACAGCAAAGAGACCCUCAACAGCCCAGACAAGAGCUAUCCUUUAAUUACCACCAGGCUGGUUCACUCUGGCCCGGGCAGGACUUCAUCAGUGCACGACUCUGAGCUGACGUUCGGUCUGCGUUUGGGCACUAAGCAGGGAGUGGAGACGCAUCUGUUCAGAGUGGACACGGCUAAAGAUCUGUCCAGCUGGACGCAGCUGCUGGUGGAGGGCUGCCACAGCGCCGCCGAGCUCGUGCAGGAGGUCACCACAGCGUGCAGCUGGAACGGGAAGUCGUGUAUGUUGAGCGUUCACAUAGACAAGGGCUUCUCGCUGUUCACGGAGGAGGCUGGCGUCAGGAGAACCGUCCUCCUCCAGCAGCCCUUCGAGCGCCUGCGCAUGUCCUCAGACGACGGCGUCCGCAUGAUGUUCCUCGACUUCGGAGGCCCAGAAGCCGAGAUUCAACUGGACCUUCAAUCCUGCCCUAAAACCAUCGUCUUCAUCAUUCACUCGUUCCUGUCGGCCAAGGUCAAGCGACUAGGUCUGUUGGCAUGACGACGCCUCCUCAGGACAAACGCAAUGACGACGGAAGUGACCGGUGGACCACUGGACAUCAAGCCAAAUCUUCCCUCACAGACUGUCAGCCAUCACUGAUUAUUUCGUAACGCUGACCUUUUACUCGUUAUCAUUUUAUCGGUUUGUAUCACAGAUAAGCUUUAUGAAUGUUAAAAACAUAAUCGCAUAAUCAUACGCUAUGACAGCAGCAACAGAAACAAAACAAGAGAUUAAACUCUGUUCCAGAACCUACAUAGGCAGCUGUCUACUAAGGGAGCAUCUAGACUGAACUGAUUUAAUAAUGCUGCAAUAGUGUAAAAAUCUGCAUAAAAUAGUCCAUUGUAAUAAAACAAAAUAAGAAAUAAAUAUAAAAAAAUAUGUUUCAAAAUAAUAAAUUAAAAUAAAUAUUAAAAAUACUAAAUUUAAUUAUUAUAGUCAGUGUUUAAUUAAUUAUUUAUAAUAAUUUAUCUUGACUCCACAUCUUACAGUAUAUAGAUUUUCCCCCCAAGCUUGUUGCAGUGCAUUCUGGGAUUGCCUUCAAUGCAAACUAAACUUGUGAUGCUGUAUUCAGAUGUCCCUACGAUGCCUUAAAAGUGCUGUCUAAGAAGGCAGCUCACUAGGUUUUGGAACAGAGACUGUGAAAACCACAGCUGCUCUGAUUGUGAAAAGGGCUUUAAUGUCUGGCAGCUGAGAGAGCGUUUGAGAAGUAAAAUCUUAUAUACAGACCAGAAAUAAUGGCUGUUUCUAAUUUGACUUCCUUCUGACUUUAAAUAUAACCUUUUAAGACACCUCGUCUUCCAGAAUAUCUGCUAUGAAUCUAUGCAUCGAGAGAAACGACCGGCCAAACCCUUGCGAAAGGUAAUAAAGGUAGUACUUUAUGAUUGCCAUAUUCAUAUACUAUAUGGCGUAUGUUUUUUUUUUUUUUUUUUUUUGUAAAGGAAAUAUGGUUAGAUCUCUUUCUCUUUUUUCUUUUACAAGCCAAAACUACUAAUAAAACUCUCAGAUUUAGAAUUGGACAAACCUAAUUAACCGAACUGUAAUUCAGUCUGUGGAUUGAGUUUAUUUGAAGUAACUGUGUUGUACUGACCUCUAGCGGGCAUAAUGAGCAUUACUCUCUGGCUGUGUUUACAAUGACACACUAACACACUGCAUACUAGAUUUGCCAGUGUUGAUGUUAACUUGUUGUUAAAUGAUACAAAAAUAAGCAUUAAAAUACGCAUUAAAAAAUAAAAUUUAAAUCAAACUAUUAAAUUAUAGUUAAAUCAAUAAACUUGAUAAUUUUCAGUGUUUAAUAUAUAUAUUUUUUUUUUUAGAAAUUACUUUAAACAAGAGCACACUGCGCUGAAUAAUCUAUCCCAAAAUGCAAUGCACUUGAUCUUCCGUAUCCAGAUAAAUGCACCAGAAAUAUCACAUCAGUUGUGAUUUUAAAUCAUCAUUUGUUUAGAUGCCUAAAAGUGACAUUUUAACACAUGCUUGCAUUAAAAAUUCAUAAUAACUUCUGGGAUAAGCAGAUGCUGCGUGCUGAAAUAUACAUGUUUAUUGUUGCAUGCUGUUUUAAACAGCAGGCCGUAUGCAGCAUUGCAUUGUGAACACAGCCUCUUUUAUGCAAUAUCAUCAUGUUUUGUUAUUUUGUUAUUGAUUUGUUUGAGUUAUGAUGGCGCUCAGCUGUAUUCCUCACAUCUUUACCGUGCUGUUUGAGAUCUGCUCCAGCUACAUGGUGACGGCGAUAUGCAAGUGUUUUCUGCUCGGAGAGGGACUUUCACAGCUGGAAAAUAUCCUUCAUGUGGCCUUUUUAAAACUUACUAAAUUUUAAUAUAUUAUAAUUCAAACUAAACUGUAGUCAAACUAUGUUAGCUAUCGGACGGAAAAUCAUAUUAUAUCCUUAUUUAAACAAAAGAGUGCCUUUUAGGGUUGUUUGUAUAUAAAAUUGCAAUAAAUAUAACUGUUGACUUGA